UUAACCUCUUCCUGUCUGGCCCAUGUAUGUAAACGGCCAGACGGUGGCAGUGCAGGGGAGGGUGGCCGUUUAUAAAUGGCGUCCCCGCCCCCUGCUUGUGCGCACUCCCAGGGAGUGCGCAGCACCACGAUCUGGUGCCCGAUGUGUCCUCCGGACACAGUGGAACACUGAUCGUCGUAUGGGACCUCUGUGGGAGGUCCUGAUCAUGUGGUCACUGAUUGGCCAAUCAGUGAUCACAUGAAUAGUAGUAAGCAAGAUGUCACUUCUAACAUCAUUGCUUACUACGUGUGAAAUGUGUAAAUGAUCACAGAGAUCACAUGGUACAGGGCCAUUCACAACAGCCUUGUACCAUGUGACAAGCUGUGACCAAUCACAGCUCACACAGUAUUUCUCAAUGGCUGCAGGAAUGCAGCCAGAGAGAAGGAGAAAUGAUUGUACAGCCUUUAUGGGUUAUAAAAAGAA